GUUCUUUGUUUCUUUUUUUUUUAAUGUUAAAAAUGUUAUAAGUUUUUAUUUUUCAUUUCAUUUUCUUUUUCCCCUCUUCUGUUGCAUUGUCCCUUUUCAUCUCUGGAGCGUCCAGUCAUAAAUUAUCACUCUAAUUCAUCAUACAAAUAGACAUAAUGUUAAUUUUAUUGAUCACUUAUAAAAUGUGUUGUUGAUGUAUAAACUACCUAUACAUAAUUACUCUGGACUUGACUAUAAGUCUAGUAUAUACAAUGCACAUAACUAACCAUAAACAGCAGGGCCAUGGACGAACAAUCUACUCGUCUGGUGCAUAGCUCGACAAUUCGCACCAGAAUGGCCAUUCCCAACAUCAAAAUGACUAAUCCAAUUAAAAAACUGGUCAGUAAACAAAGAAAGCGUUAUACUGAAGAUGGGUUCAACCUCGAUUUGACUUACAUUCUACACAAUGUGAUUGCAAUGGGAUUUCCUGCAGAAAAUUUAGAAGGUGUAGUUUACCGUAAUCAUAUAGAUGAUGUAAGCAGACUCCUCGAUCAGAAACAUCCUAAUCAUUAUAAAAUAUAUAAUCUUUGUUCCGAGCGAUCUUAUGAUUCUCGGAAAUUCCACCAGCGUGUAGCUACCUACCCAUUUCAAGAUCAUAAUCCACCUAGUAUUGAGGUUAUUAAACCUUUUUGUGAAGAUGUUCAUCAAUGGCUUGAUAAAGACAGCAGAAAUGUAGCUGCUGUACAUUGUAAAGCUGGAAAGGGCCGGACAGGUGUAAUGAUAUGUUGCUAUCUAUUACAUAGUCUACAAUGUGUAUCAGCAGAAGAUGCUCUCAAUUAUUAUGGCCAAAAGAGAACGUUUGAUAAAAAGGGUGUUACUAUUCCCAGUCAAAGGAGAUAUGUCAACUAUUAUGCAUUAUUAGUUGAAAAAAAUUUAAAUUACAAGCCUGUGGUAUUGACAGUGAAGGAAAUAAAAUUAGAUCCAGUGCCUAACAUUUUUAAUUCGGGGCAAACAUGUAUCCGUUUAGUAAUAUCAGAAUGGAUAAAUGGAGAUAGUUCAAAAAUCAGAAAAGUAUAUUCAUCUGAUGUACAAGAUAUGCGGCGUAAUGCUUCUGAUGUAACAAUUCGUUUAACACAAAUGACCCAAGUCCUUGGAGAUGUAAAAGUAGAAUGUUACAACAAACAUAAAAUGAAGAAAAAGGAAAAACUAUUUCAUUUCUGGUUUAAUACUUUUUUCGUUUGUGAACCAGCUGUUACUGAAAAUGGUAAUAGAGAAAAUAAACAUUGUGGCCAGCAAGAUAAAACUGUUCAUUCAAAUGGUAUGGAUGAUUCAACUAACUUUAGAUUUCCAAAUAAUCAAAUGCGUACACACUCUGUUGGUCAUGUGGGUGGAAGUGAUAAUCGCCUGUUGACAUUAAACAUGAACAAAUGGGAAUUGGAUGGCCAUAAAGAUAAACAAAAUAAACUUUUUAGCGCGGACUUCCAUGUAAGUUUAUUAUUUGAACGUACUGAUGUUUCCGAACCAGUUGUUGGUGAAACACUGUCUGAAAGUGAAUCAAGUAGUUGCACAACAGCUGAAGAAGAAGAAGAUGGAUGGGAAUCUGUAUUUUUUUAGAAUAAUGAUUGGUGAAGGCCGCUUUAUUCUCUCCCUUAGGCUUUCGUAAACCUGUCGCUUGAGCACAAUACACCUGAUGGCGUAGAUGCAAAUGUGAUUGUGUUUCCGGUGGUUCUAGGCGAGUCGACGUAUCUGUAAGAUAUUGGGAGUGCCACAAACAGAAGACGAACAACAUAAACGUAUUUUUAUAUGUAUAUGUAUAUCUAUAUAUGUAUAUAAUAACUGCAAGUUAAUGUUUUUUUUUAAGUUAAAAAUUUAUAUAGAUUAUAACAAUUAUUAUAGUCUGGAUUUUAAAAACUCCUCCAUAAUUAGGCAUACACUCGCCUAUUUUAUUAUUUUUAUAGUACAAAGAAAAUAAAGUUUUAAUUCUGAUAACUUUAUUAAAAAUUUAUUUUUUAUUUUCGUGUUCAUCUGUUAAUUUUUAUUUAUAUGUCUUUUUUUUUUAAGUCUUCCAAUGUUGCCAUUGAAUAAAAUAAAAUGGACUUAGGAACAAUGUUUUUUUUUUUUUUUUAAUUUUUUUAUGUUAUAAUAUUUAUUUAUAUAUUAAUGAUUAGAAUAUAAACUAUUCUGUAAAAGUUAUAGCCUACUAUUUCAUGUUUAAUAGGAUUGUUGCCAUGGUUUUACAUUUAUUUACCAGUAUUAUUAUAAUUUUUUUUUCACUCAUUAAUCUAUAAAAUGAAUAAUAGUACAACACAAGAACAAUUUAAUAUUGUAUAUUUUGUUGUUAUAUUUUAAUGCAUAAAAAGUUUGACAUAUAAUUUCUAUAAAAUCAUUAUAUUAUGAUUUGUCAUAUUGUCUUAAUUUUUUUCGUAUAUACAUAUAAUUAAUAAGGUAAAGAAUAUCACAUUUUUUAUUUGCUUUAUUUUUCGAAACAUUUAGUUUUAAAUAAUUAUGGUAAUGAAUAAUGAUAAAUUCAGAUUGUUUUUUACUUAUUUAUUGGAAGUAUAUUGGUAAUAUAUUUUUAGACAGCAAAUUUGUCUAUGUCAGUAAUUAUUAACAUAGAAUUGUAAACAUUUUGAAAAUAUGUAUUGUGAUAUUUUCCUUUUGGUUUGUGAUACUAUGUCGAUUAUGACUUGUAUUUUUUUUGCUAUUCAAAAUUGGAAUUUUGUUAUUAAAAAAAAAAAAUAUUUUACUACUAUUAAAAAUCACACUAAACUCUAUUAACCAUUAUUAUAGUUGUCCAUCAAUUAUAAAAGAUAAUGGACUGUUUUUUUAUAAGAAUAAUAUAUUUAUUGGGUAGUGGCAAAGGGGUUAAAAUUUUUGUCUGUUCCUUGAGCUAACGAGUUUCUAGAUGAACACUGGUGCUGGUAUUUUUUUUUUUUUUUUUUAUAUAUCAUAAUUAAAAAUAGCAAAUGUUAUGUACAAUUUGAAUUUUAAAUUGUAUCCUCAAAUAUACACCUCUAAAUGUUUUUGUUCAAAAUAUAAAUAUACAUAGCCAAGUUUA